AUGUCAACACCGUCGAAUCGCUGUCCGGAAGUGGAUCAGUUCCCGUCGCCCAUCUCAGAGGAAUCCGAAUCCCUAAUCCCCAAGUCUAGCAAGCCUCACUGGACUAGGUACUUGUGGGAUACACUUGACAAAUCGCCUGAGGAACAGCGGUUUUUAUUGAAGCUCGACGCUGCAAUCCUCACCAUAGCGUCGCUCGGUUACUUUAUAAAGCAUUUGGAUCAGAUCAACAUAAACAAUGCGUUUGUUUCUGGCAUGAAAGAGGACUUGGGACUCGACGGUAACGAGCUGAAUUAUAUGCAAACUUGUUGGACAGUUGGCUACGUUAUAGGGCAAAUUCCAAGUAAUCUUCUUUUGACGCGCAUUCGCCCUUCAUUAUGGAUUCCCUCAUGUGAAGUUCUCUGGUCCCUUUUGACUAUUAUCAUGGCCAAAUGCAGCAACGUACAACAAAUAUACGUUCUACGAUUCCUCAUCGGGCUCGCGGAGAGUAGUUUCUACCCGGGCAUGCAGUAUAUCAUUGGAUCUUGGUAUCAAAAACACGAGCUUGGCAAGCGAUCAUGCGUAUUCCACGCAAGCAGUGCCGUAGGAAGCAUGUUCUCCGGCUACGUCAUGGGUGCCGUCUACCAUCUCGACGGUGUAAAUGGGUUUAAAGGCUGGCAAUGGUUGUUUAUCAUAAACACAGUUAUAUCACUGCCCAUUGCGUUGUCUGGCUUCCUCCUCCUACCUGAUGUGCCGGAGAUCACGCGGGCCUCAUAUUUCAGCCCCGAUGAGAUUGUGCUGGCGCAGACACGCAUGCAAGACGAAGGGCGUGCUAAUCGGGCACCAUACACUAUGAACAAGGUUAAGAAAGUUCUCUCCAGCUGGCAUAUCUACCUCUUGACCUUAUUGUACAUCUUUUACUUGAACGGCGGUGGGGUAUCGGCGCAGCCAGCAUUUGCUAUCUGGCUGAAGCAGCAAGGCUACAGCUUAACACAGAUUAAUACGUAUCCGACCUUGACAACAGCGGUCCAGAUCAUUACCACAUUAAUUUACGCAUGGAUGUCGGACACCAUUUUGCAAGGCAGGAGAUGGCCGCCGAUUAUCUUUUCAGGUGUCAUGAUUAUUAUUGUCAAUACGAGCUUGACGGUAUGGAACAUCCCAACGGGUUGGAAAUGGGGAUGUUUCAUACUAGCCGGCUGCUCGAGUGGAGUUAGCGGGCUAAUAUAUGCGUGGAUGCAUGAGAUUUGCGCUGAAGAUAACGAGGAGCGAGCCCUGGUGGCGGGUUCAAUGAACGAGAUGGCGAACGUGGUCCAGACAUGGCUUCCGCUGCUGAUUUGGCAGCAGGUCGAGGCACCGGAGUAUCCAAAGGGAUACUUGGCGUCUAUAUGGAUUGCGGUAGCCAUGAUAGCCACAGCAAUGACUAUAAGGCAUUUGCAUGGUAGACAAGUAGCCCGGUGGGCAAUUAAGUCUACACGAGAGUGA